AUGAGGGUGAAGAUCAAAAUUCACAAGACAGACCACGAUAGCAAGGAGGAAAUCAACAUCAUUCUUUUUCUCCUCAUCAUGGACCACAACAAGGCCCACCACCUAAAGGCCAGCAGCAGAAAAAGCCCUCUUCACAGAGCCAGCAAGAGCCACCUCAGUAAGAAGGCAGUAUCCACCAAGUGGCAUGUUGAAAAUUUCCCAUGGCACACACUUGGGAGCAACUCCAGAGCCUCUUCCAAGAUGCUGGUGGUCCUGCUCACAGCAGCCUUAUUGGCCCUGAGCUCUGUUCAGAGCUCAAAUGCAGACCUGGAAACCAGCAAGGCCCACCCCAGCAGGGAGGACAGCAGCAGAAUAAACCUCCUAGACCUGGAAACCAGCAAGGGCCACCCCAGCAGGGAGUUCAGCAGCAAAAUCGCCCUCCUAGACCUGGAAACCAGCAAGGCCCACCGCAACAGGGAGGACAGCAGCAAAAUCGCCCUCCUAGACCUGGGAAUGAGCAAGCACCCCCACAGCAGGAAAGUGAGGAACAACAAAGUUACUUGUAGAUAUUUUCUGCAUGACCAGGAGGUUCCUCAUCAGGACAAAGCAAUCAUCUAUGGAAACCCUUCUUCACAGUUCUUAGAGGGAGAACAGCAAAACCAAGGCCAUGGUCAACAGCAUCAGAGACCUCCUCCUGGAGAAUUACCCCCAGGACCUUCUGCCUCUGAAGAAGAUGAUGGUGAUAAUGAUGAUGACAGUGAAGAAGAUGGAAAUGCACCAGAGGGACCACCACAGCAAGGAGACAAUAACCAGAAACCUCACCCUCCUAGACCUGGAAACCAGCAAGGCCCACCCCAACAGGGAGGCCAGCAGCAGAAUAAACCUCCUAGACCUGGAAACCAGCAAGGUCCACCCCAACAGGGAGGACAGCAGCAGAAUAAACCUCCUAGACCUGGAAACCAGCAAGGUCCACCCCAGCAGGGAGGUCAGCAGCAAAAUCGCCCUCCUAGACCUGGAAACCAGCAAGGCCCACCCCAGCAGGGAGGCCAGCAGCAGAAUAAACCUCCUAAACCUGGAAAUCAGCAAGGCCCACCCCAGCAGGGAGGUCAGCAGCAAAAUCGCCCUCCUAGACCUGGAAACCAGCAAGGGCCACCCCAGCAAGGAGGCCAGCAGCAGAAUAAACCUCCUAGACCUGGAAACCAGCAAGGCCCACCCCAGCAGGGAGGAGAGCAGCAGAAACCUCCUAGACCUGGAAACCAGCAAGGCCCACCCCAGCAGGGAGGAGAGCAGCAGAAUAAACCUCCUAGACCUGGAAACCAGCAAGGCCCACCCCAGCAAGGAGGCCAGCAACAGAAUAAACCUCCUAGACCUGGAAACCAGCAAGGCCCACCCCAGCAGGGAGGCCAGCAGCAAAAUCGCCCUCCUAGACCUGGGAAUGAGCAAGCACCACCCCAGCAGGAAAGUGAGGAACAGCAAAGUUACCUGUAG